AUGGAGAAGCUGCAGGAGCUGAGCCUCGUGUCCAAGGUGUGCCAGGCGCUGGAGAACCACCUGGGCAUGAGCGACAAGACGCUGGCCGAGUUCGUGAUCGACCUGGUGCGCGGCAGCUCCAGCUGCGCCGCGUUCCUGGCGUCCAUCAAGAAGGACGAGCUGCCGCUGCCCCCCGCGCUGGCCGAGAACCUCUACCGCAUCGUGCAGACCAUGGCGCCGCGCAAGAUGACUCAGGGCAAGAACGCGGCUGCAGGCGGAGGCAAGGCCAGCAGCAGGAAGCACCAGAUCCGGGACGACGAGCAGCUCACGGCCGCCGACAUCGCGGGCGCUUCUGUCCAGGACGACGAGGGCGACGCUAGGAAGAAGGGAGACGCCAAGCCGUCGCCUCCGUCUUCUGGGCGUCGAGACACAGAGCGUGACUCUAGGGCCAGAGAUCGAUCCAGAGAGCGCGACCGCUACGGACGAGACCGGAGUCGCGGCCGGGAGGAGGAUCGAGGCCGGAGGAGCCGACGCUCACGGUCCAGAUCCCGGUCGGAAGGAAGGAGACGCGAUCGCCGUGACAGAGACAGAGGCCGCAGUCGUGGACGCGAUCGAGACGACCGCUAUGGGGAGAUCGAGCUGUACGGCAUCUAUGACGGCCGUGUGACCAAGGUCAUGGACUUUGGUGUAUUUGUGGAGCUGGAAGGCUUUUCGAGGGAGAAGAAGGAGGGACUCGUGCACGUGUCGAACCUGUCGGCGAACCGAGUGCACAAUGUUAAGGAGUUCGCCAAGCGCGGGGAUCGCGUGAAGGUGAAGCUGAUUUCCAUUUCCGGUGCGAAGCUGUCGAUGUCCAUGCGGGAUGUGGACCAGACGACUGGCAGAGAUCUCAUGCCCCAGCGCUCGAGCAGCGGCGCCGAGCGUGCCCGUCAGGAGAAUAAAUCGUCGGACGCGCGGUCGUGGAUCAAUCCGUCUGCUCCUGGUAUGCAGAGCUCCCAGCAGCUAGAUGAAGAUGACAGCAAGCCACAGCGUGCUGCUAAGCGCAUGUCCUCGCCUGAGCGGUGGGAAGUGCAGCAGCUUAUUAACUCGGGUGUGCUCUCGGUUGAAGACUACCCGACGUUUGAUGAAGAGCAUGGACUGCUAAACACAGAAGCCACAGAAGAGGAUUUCGAGGUCGAGCUGAAUGAAGACGAGCCGGUGUUCCUUCGUGGCCAAACCCAAAUGAGCCGCGAAAUGUCGCCCGUGAAGAUUGUGAAAAACCCGGAUGGGUCGAUGCAGCGUGCCGCCAUGACGCAGUCUAACCUGGCCAAGGAGCGUCGUGAGCUCCGUCAGACUCAGGCCAACCAGCUAAUCGAUUCCAUCCCGAAGGAUCUCAACCGCCCUUGGGAAGACCCGAUGCCUGAGGCUGGUGAGCGGCAUUUUGCUCAAGAACUACGCGGCAUUAACAUGGGCUCGACGUUCGAGCUGCCUGAAUGGAAGCAGAAAUCUGUGGGAAAGAACCUGUCGUACGGUAUCGUGUCAAACAAGUCCAUCCUGGAGCAGCGCGAGAGUCUUCCGGUGUUUAAGCUCAAACGCCAGCUGAUGAAGGCUAUCGCUGAUAACCAGGUUCUUGUGGUCAUCGGCGAAACAGGUUCUGGCAAAACCACUCAAAUGACUCAGUACAUGGCUGAAAUGGGGUUGACGUCUACGGGAAUUAUUGGAUGCACGCAACCGCGUCGUGUGGCUGCUUCAUCCGUGGCGAAACGUGUGGCUGAGGAGUUUGGUUGUGAACUGGGACAAGAAGUUGGUUACUCGAUGCGUUUCGAGGAUGUCACAAGCCCGGAGACUGUGAUUAAGUACAUGACUGAAGGUAUGCUCUUGCGUGAAUAUCUGGCAGACCCUACGCUGUCAAAGUACAGUGCUCUUAUGCUGGAUGAAGCUCACGAGCGAACAAUCAACACGGAUGUGUUGUUCGGUCUGCUGAAAGACCUCGUUCGCAAGCGGAAAGACCUCAAAAUUAUUGUGACGUCGGCCACGUUGGAUGCCGAAAAGUUCUCGAGAUAUUUCUUUGAUUGCCCGAUUUUCACAAUCCCUGGACGUACGUUCCCCGUGGAGAUUUUGUACACUAAGGAACCGGAACUGGACUAUUUGGACGCUUCACUGCUCUGUGUCAUGCAGAUUCACUUAUCUGAGCCUGAAGGAGAUAUUUUGCUGUUUUUAACUGGUCAAGAAGAGAUUGAUACGGCCUGUGAAGUGCUGUAUCAGCGUAUCAAGGCUUUGCAAGAGCGUGCAUUGGCCCCAGAGCUUAUUAUCCUUCCCGUGUAUGGUGCGCUUCCCUCCGAAAUGCAGUCACGUAUCUUUGAGCCUGCACCGAAGGGUUCACGAAAGUGUGUGGUGGCAACGAAUAUUGCGGAGGCAUCCUUGACGAUUGAUGGCAUUUACUAUGUGGUGGAUCCUGGCUUUUGCAAGCAGAAUGCCUUCAACUCCAAGAUUGGAAUGGAUUCUCUGGUCGUUGUUCCAUGCUCCCAGGCAUCAGCUCGCCAACGUGCUGGACGUGCUGGACGCACAGGUCCCGGUAAAUGCUACCGACUCUAUACCGAGAAUGCGUACAAGAAUGAAAUGCUGCCGACAACUGUCCCCGAAAUUCAACGAGCAAACCUCGGCUCUGUCGUGCUGCAAUUGAAAGCGAUGGGUAUCAACGACCUCAUGGGCUUCGACUUCAUGGACCCACCCCCACAAGAUGCUCUCGUGAUGGCUCUGGAAAACCUGUAUGCGCUGGGUGCGUUAGAUGACGAAGGGUUGCUGACGCGAUUAGGAAAGAAGAUGGCUGAGUUCCCAGUUGAGCCGAAGAAUGCCAAGGUGCUCCUGACCUCGGUGGUUCUCGGUUGCGCAGAAGAGGUGCUGACUAUCGUGGCAAUGCUGUCAGUCGAGUCGGUCUUUUUCCGGCCAAAGGAAAAACAGGCUCAAGCCGACCAGAAGAAGGCCAAGUUCCACCAGCCCGAAGGUGACCACUUGACGUUGCUAGCAGUUUAUGAGGCUUGGGCGAACUCGAAGUUUUCGAACCCGUGGUGCUACGAGAACUUUAUCCAGGCGCGUGCUAUCCGCCGAGCUCAGGACGUGCGCAAGCAGUUGCUUUCCAUCCUGGACCGGUACAAAAUGGACGUGGUUUCCUGUGGCAAGAACUUCAACAAGGUCCGGCGCGCAAUUGUGGCAGGGUACUUCGCUAAUACGGCGAAGAAGGACCCGCAGGAGGGCUACCGUACCAUGGUUGAAGGCCAGCCCGUGUACAUUCACCCAUCCAGUGCGCUUUUCAACAAGAGCCCGGAGUGGGUGCUCUACCAUGAGCUGGUGCUCACCACGAAGGAGUACAUGCGCAAUAUCAUGACGAUCGAGCCCAAGUGGCUUGUGGAGCUGGCUCCAGCCUUCUUCAAGAAGGGCGACCCUACCAAGCUCUCGAAGCGCAAGCGCAACGAGAAGAUUGAGCCGCUGUAUGACCGCUUCAACCCGCCUGACUCGUGGCGUCUCAGCAAGCGUAGGGGGUAG